CUGUGCGCCAUGCUGGUCGCCGUCAUGUGCUCGCACGGGCUCGCGUACCUCGACGCCAGCAGUGGAGGGAGCGCCGACAUAUGGCGCCGCGUCGGAGUCGCUAUCGGUGAUCGUGAUCUUGAGUCCUCCGUUGCGCGGUGGAUCUAUUUGCACCUCGCGGCGGACGAUGUUGUUGCGGGUCGUGCGCCUUGUCGCAUCGCGGCGGGGAAUGCCGCAACCGACGCUUUGGCUGGAAUGGCGGCCCAGGCCGCAAGAGUGUCGGAGCUGGACAGGCACCGCAUGAGGAGGGUCGAAGCGGAGGCCCAUCAGGUCAGGUUCACACUGGUCCGAGCCACCAUGGACGCCGUGGACGCCGAGGCGGAGCUGGCCAAGCUGCAGGGCCCGAGGGGAGACAG